AUGGCCGGCGUUACUAUCGACCGGCGAACCGGCCAGGCCUAUAGGGAGAUGGCCUUUCAUCCUUCCAAGUACCCUAAUGGACCCUUUUGGGUUCACGAGUCUCCGUUCUUGCCAGAAAGGUGGGAGGAGAGCAGCCGAGUCGGGGCGCCCUCAUUACAGCAUUCCGCCAUGAAAUGCCUGUUGUCUGACCAGAGGAGACUACGGCCUGAAAUGUUUGCUUACGUACCCUGGCAUAUUGCUAGCUACCUCUGGGAUUGCCUUGGCAAGAGCAAGAGAAGAACUCUACACAGCUGGAAGCUUUUUGCAAUGGCCUACCCCGAGCAAUUCCGAGAAGUCAGCCGUUACCGCUCCUAUAGUGUCAAAAGCGUGGAGAUGGGCAUGCCCGAAUACUGGAAGGAAGUGAAGAGCGAUACCUUGAGUUGGCGGACGGUGCUAAGUUUGGACCCAUCAAUCGCCAGGGUUCCUGAUCUCGUGGAAAUAGCUAGUAUCCGGAACUUGGUAGCUUUGGAAAUAUCAUCGCCACCGCAGACCUGGAAUAACGGCGAGUCGUCCGGGGUCACGCUCAGCAAUCGCAUCAUCCGGUCGUGGAACGAGAUGCAGCAGAGUUCUGGGGCAUUUGCACAUCUCCGAGUCUUGGUCUUGUCUCGUCAAUGUGACCUCUCGGUGCAGAUCUUUCAAUACCUGCGAGACUUUCCGUCGCUGGAGAUUGUUCUCGCGGCGGACUGCGGGGAUCUCACGAAGGCGUCUAAGGUUGAUUUUCAAGUUGAUGGAUGGCUAGUAGAUCCCGAUACAAAACGGGACGGAACUCUCUACGAUCAGUACUUAUCAGUUAUCAAGAGCGAGGCAAAAAAUCCGACCGGCCUAGACGCUGCCCCUGUCUUGAACUUCGAAAUCAACCCUAGCAAAACCAAACGCGACACGCCAAUGAGGAAAGAGCAAGUCUGCUUCUACCGCGACGGCAGCAAGACUUAUAAGCACGAGCAAGAGUCAGACCGGAAAAGGCCACGAGGCUAUCCCCAGAUGAAAAUACAAAGGCCAGAUAAAUACCGCAAGAUAGGCUGGGAAGGACUGCUGGGAGACUUGAGUUGA